CUACAUAAUCAUGUUGCAGAACGUUUCGGUGCAUCUGGUUUGUCGCGACUAUUCACUCGCCCUUCACUCGACCGUGUUUGUUGAGGACCACAAUGACUGAAAUCUCGAGGAUGGCGUCGAAAGCCCUUCUCGUCGCCGCCACUCUACCCAGCGCGCUCGCUUGGGGCCCCCUUGGCCACGAGACCGUCGCUCUGGUUGCUACCGAGUUCGUGUUACCUGAGACAAGAGCCUUCUUCCAGGAAGUUUUGGGCGAUAACUCGUCCACCGAUUAUCUCGCCGCCGUGGCCAGUUGGGCAGACGACUGGAAGAAAACGGACGAGGGCGCCUUCUCGUACAACUACCAUUUCAUCGAUGCGCUAGACGAGCCGCCGACAUCCUGCAAUGUUGACCUUGAGAGGGAUUGCGGCGAGUCAGGGUGUGUUGUGAGCGCACUUGCGAAUUAUACUACACAUCUCGUGCAGAGCGAGCUGAACCGCGAGGAAAGGGAAAUAGCUGCGAAGCUAGUCAUUCACUUUGCUGGCGACAUUGGCCAGCCUCUCCACUGCGAAAACCUUGCUCGCGGCGGCAACGACAUUGCCGUGACCUUUGAUGGCGAGGCGACCAAUCUUCACUCAGUGUGGGACUACAACAUUCCCGAAGCCAUUACAAACGGCUCCACCCGUGCAGACGCCCAUGCCUGGGCCGCCGAUCUAAUCACUGCUAUCAGAGCCGGUCCGUAUCGAUGCAAGACGAGGAACUGGGUCGCAGGCUUGCGGGUGGACGACAUUGAAGACGUAGCGCUGAGGUGGGCCCGAGAGAGCAAUGAGGACGUCUGCACGGUAGUCAUGCCAGAAGGCGCGGAAGUGCUAGAGGUUGGCGACUUGGGUGGUGAAUAUGCCGAGGGGGCAAAAGGAACCGUGAAGUUGCAAAUUGCAAAGCAGGGAUACCGACUCGCGAAGCUUCUUGAUGCUAUUGCUCAGGCUCAAUAAUCUAUGAUUAAGGUUGCUAUCACACGACGAACAGUUGAUUCCUGAGAAACUCUUUCAUUACCUGGACUCAGUGAGCACGAUCCGAGAAACGUACCUGUCGGCCACAAGUCUCAAU